CUGCGUUGUCCACCACCACACUCCUCUCCCUCUUAUCUCACCUCGCUAGAACCGCCACCGAUGGCCGACCUCCUUCCCCGUCCGAUCUCUGCGAUCCCGUGACUUCACGAAUCUUGAGAGGGCCUUGUCUUCGUCCCCUUCUCUCCGGCGUCGCCCGCCGGCAUCGCCGUUCCCCAUCUCAAUUCCGACGAGUCUUACUUCCUUGAUUUGGCGCCUCCGAAAUAUCAGACACGAGCACGGAUUUUUACCGAUUAUUCUUUUGAUUUUUCGUUUGUUUGUUUGAGAAUUUUUUUUUGGAGAUUCGAGUGAAUGGCGGAAGCGAAGCCUACCUUGAAGCCGGUGAUCCACAAGCCGCCGGGUUAUCGAGAUCCGGAGGCGCCGCCCCCGACCGUUCCGAAGGCGCCUCCCAGGCGGCGACCGCUUCCGCCAUCUUUCCGCCAGCCCGGGAAGCCACUCCCCCGCCGCCACCGCUCUCGGCGCUCCUGCUGCUGCCGCCUCUGCUGCUGGGCCUCCGUAGUUGUUCUCGCCUUGGCCGCCCUCAUUGCGGUCGCCGCCGGGCUCGCCUACCUCUGGUUCCAGCCGCGGCUCCCCUCCUUCCGUCUCGAGUCGCUAAACGCCACACGCCUCCGAGUCUCCUCUCGGCCCGACGGCACAUUCCUCGAUGUCUCCACUUCCGUCGGGAUCCUCGUUUCCAACCCCAACGGGAAGAUUGUGCUCGAGUACGGGGACUGGGAGGCGCGGGUGAGGGUGGCGGACGAUGAUGGCGACGUGGAUGUGGGAGCGGCGGAGAUCGCAGGGUUCGAACAGGGUAGGAGAAAUCGGACGGUGGUGCGCUUCAAGACGGCGGCCAAAGCGAUGGCGGUGGACGAGGUUGCCGGCGGAAGGAUCCAAGCGGGGUUCAGGAGGAAGGAGAUGAAGCUCGGGGUGAAUCUGAGAACUAGGGUGGGGCUUCGGGUGGGCGGUUCCAGCACCGGAAAGUUGCCGAUCCGAGUGGCGUGCAGCCCGGUGAGCUUAAGGCAGGGGGUGAGCCAUGGGACGCUCCCCUUGUGUCGCUUAUACUUGUUUAGAUGGAUUAACCUGCAAAAGAAAGGCUCGUAGAUGUUGCUGUAUGCUGGGUUCCUAUUAUAGUCACUGGGAGAAGAUUGGUAAGCUGAGUUGAUCUUCAAUUUCUCAAUCACUGUGAUUUUACACUGUAUUUCUUUAAAAGUUUCUAUUUAUGCAAAUAGUUAUAUAUUUUCAAAUAAACCAAAUGAUUAUUUGGGUAAACCUUUUCUCUAUUUGCAAAAUACAUUGAUAUUUCUACUACUCGAAUCAAGGAGAUCAAGG